AUGAGUCAGGGAAACGAUGAUGAUUUUACGAACCGUAUUGCUAAGCUUGUCGGUAGCAAUGACACCAAGCCUUUGCCAUCUGAUGCCGAACUCGCCAACCGAUUCUCCAAAGUAUUUUCUUCUCAACCUGUCGCAAAACAAGCAAAGUUCGACUAUCAUAUACCCAACAAUUUAGCUAAUGACGAUGAGGAUGUUGAAAAACUAUUGUCUGAACUUGAUCUUUUGAAUGACAGCGACAAUGAUGGUCUUUUGGAUGAUGAUCUACUGGCCUCUUUAACAUCCCCGGAAGACCAAAAGGCUCAAAAAGAAAAACUUAACCAACUUGAAGCAGCUUUUCUUGGGACACACUCUGCAGAAACUGGGCUGGAGGACGAAAGCCAUACACUAAUUAGACGUAUCCAAGAAGAAUCUGCUUUAGAUGAAAAAUAUGCCACAUUUGCAAAGAAACGUGACGAGGAUCUGAAGAAGCGAUAUGAAGCACUUCAACAGGGCUGUAACUUUUCACCUGCCAAUAGUGGAGAGGUAUCUUCAGCAUCAAAUUUCAAAAAACAGGAAAACAGUGGUAAGCCACGAGGUUCUGUCCCAGCUGCUCUCACAAUGGAUGAAAUAUACAAUGAAACAGACGAUUGGUGCUGUAUGUGUAAUGAUGAUGCGAGCCUUAUUUGCAAGGGCUGUGAUAAUGACAAAUAUUGCAAAAGCUGUUUUUAUGAAGGACAUCGUGGUGAGAUGGCUGAUUAUGAAGCGACUCUACACGUUGCAAAAGAAUGGAGCAAGACAAAAUAA